UACACAACACAAUGUAUAAAUACAAAAAAGAAAAAAAGAGGCACCUAUUGCAGAUCCCAGAUGAUCACCUGAGUGGCUGUGCUGUUUACCCUCAUCCUGACCAGCCAGAUGUGAGGGUGAUUAAACCAGAUGGGGCAGGACUUCCUGACACAGAUGUCCUACUUUACAUAAAAGCUCAAAGCACUGAUAAAUGCAGAGCUGAUUCUAGCGUGCUGGCUUAUUCAGCUCAUUGUCAGAGCGACUCAGGUGGGCGACCAGUGGCUGGAGUUAUGGUCAUCUGCAGGGAGCCACUGAGCAUCGAGGGAUUCAGUCAUGAUCACCUGGUGCAGACUAUGAUCCAUGAGUUGCUGCAUGUGCUGGGGUUCAGUAAAGAACUUUUUAGCAAGUGGACAGGCCGGUCUCUCUUCUCCCAGAUGGCCGUGGAUAUCUCUCAUGGUCACAUGAUUUAUAUGGAUGAGUCUGGACAGAUGAGGCUCUACACUCCUAAUGUGAUUAAGGCUCUACACACACACCUGAACACCACUCACAUGGACCUGGGAGCUCCACUGGAAAAUCAGGAUGCUGAUUCUCGUGGUUUCUCCUCACACUGGGAGGCUCGUUUUCUGCAGGGUUCCAUUAUGGCAGCCAUGUUGGCAGAACCGUCUCUGGUCCGGAUUGACAUGAUCACUCUGUCUGCCCUCCAGGACACCGGCUGGUACUCAGUCAACCUCAGCCAAGCACAGAACUUGCUUUGGGGAGAGAAUGAAGGUGUCUCCUUUGGGUCUGUUUCUACCUGUAUGAAGUCCUCAUCCUUCUUCUGCACUGGCAGUGGAUUCGGUUGCCAUUAUCUUCACCUCCACAAGGGGGUGUGCCAGAGUGACCAGUAUCUGGAUGGCUGUCGAAUUUACAAACCGUUAGCCAAUGGUAGUGAAUGUUGGAAAGAAGAGAAUGAGACAGGGAAUGGACCAGAGGUCUGGAGUGGGGAAAUGUUUCGCUCAGACAGCCGUUGUUUUCUCUCAAACAUUAUAAGAGAGGAUCAUUUUUCCUUCAAUGCCUCUGUAUCAGGCCGCUGUUACAGGCACAGGUGCACUGGAACAAACAUGUACCAGAUCCAGGUAAUGGGGUCUGAUUGGCUGGACUGCCCUCCGGGAAGGAGCAUCCAGGUGUUCGGAUAUCGGGGUGAAAUUUUCUGCCCUGACAAACGAUUAUGUCGUUAUCGUAUGGUAGCUUCACCACACAAGCCCCUCCCCUCAGGUCCCACUGGACCUCCAUCCAGGGAUCAGCUUCUGACACAAAAACCCAUAACUGACAUGAAGAUUGACACUGCUCUUCCCUCCUCAGAGAUGUGUGUAAUGACAGUGGUGGGUGUCAGUAUCGGGCUCUUUUUUUUCGGGUCUCUCAUGAUAAUCCACAGGAAGUGCUGCCCAUCCAGGCUCCAAGUGCAUGUUCUCAUACAGCCUUAUGCACUACAGGUGUAG